AUGAAUGCUGACUUUAAGAACGCCUUCGAAGCUCUUCAUAGUAAGGUGAAACUAGUGAACGACUUCUCAUCUGGAAAGAAACUGAAGUCUGAAGGUUUCGACAAAGAGUUAAGAGAAGUAGCACAAAAUAUGACGAAAAUAACAGAUGCAGCAACGAGACAGGCAGUUCAAAGUGCCUAUGACGCCGUUAGAGCAACUGUUGUGGAAAGUCAAGAAAAAGAGUUACAACAGACCAAAACAGACCUAGUAAAUGCUUUCUUAAGAACGAAAAGUCAGGUAGGACAUUAUGCUGCAGAUGGAACAUAUGUGCCAGCUGGUGGAACUUAUAUACCACCAAACCCUCCAAGAGAAGCACCUGCACCAGGACUACCUAAAACAUUUACAUCGUCACAUGGACACAGACACAGGCAUGCACCAAAACCAGCACAACAACCAACAGUUCAAAACACUGCACCACAACCAACAGUUCAAAACCCUGCACAACAACCAACAGUUCAAAACCCUGCACAACAACAACCACAAACAGAGCAAGGACAUAAAAGAAGUAGAGAACAAGGAAACCAAGAAUUCUUAAAAAUGCUUAAGGAAGACUAUGGUUACCCAGAUACUCUUGACUUUAGUGACAGAUAUAAAGAAGCUAUUAGAAAGUUCAAGGAAGGAAAUACUGACCCGAACCUAUUUAGCUUUAUGGUUCAGCACCAAAUGGGAUAUAAUUUCAAACCUGGAAAAUACAAGCUCGCUAAGGGAUAUGAUUUAAUAGCAUAUCAUCCAAAUGACAUGACUGAAUUUACUCCGAGAUAUUUGGUGUCAGAGCUAAAUGAUAAUUCAACUCUCUUCAUGAAACGCGUAAAAAAUAGAGACGGAACGAAAGAAGAAAGGUUUAUGAGUCCGGAUGACUUAGAUAGGGAACUUGUUAAAAACGGUCUCGGAAUAUAUGAAAUGCCAGCAGAUGAGGUACAAGAAACUCCACAGGAAGAAGUUCAGAUACAACCAGACAUGGAAGAAAUA